CCGCUUGCUACAUACAUUUUAGAAAAGAAAAGAAGAUGACAGAAGAAUUGAAAUGAUGCGAAAAUGGUGAGACUCCUGUCGACGUCGAGAGGACAAGAAAGCAGACACAUAAGGUAGUAGACUGCUCAACUGCUUCAUAUCGACUCUAUAUCUCAUUUCCGACUCCCGCUUUCUUCUCCAUGAUCACCUUCCUGGUUCCAUCCACAAAGUAAAUCAAACCAUUCCUCUAAUUUCUUCGGCCCAUGGAGUUAACUGUGUCCGCUUCAUGCGUACAUUACGCCCCUAAUUUCACUUCUGAAAUGCCUCAAUGGCGAAAACUUUACCCGAAUCAUCAUCGGAAUCUGAAGGGGGCAGAACGCAGACGAAGCGCAAAUGCUUUGAAUUUGGGCCUGUCUCGGAAUGGGUCCGGGAAUUGUGGAAGAAAGGAGUCGGUGGUAGUGUGCGCGCGAGAGAGCGGGACGGAGGUGGAGACUGCGGUGGUGGAGAAGCCGAUUCUGCCGCCGUUUCAAGUCUCCCAAGGUUUGCCGACUCCGCUGGGCGCCGUGGCUCGGGACGGUGGGGUGAAUUUUGCUGUGUAUUCCAGUAAUGCGACGUCCGCAUGUCUUUGCUUGAUGAGACUUUCGGACUUGGAGGAGAAUAGAGUGACUGAGCAGAUUUCUCUUGAUCCAUUGGCUAAUAAGACAGGACAUGUAUGGCAUAUAUUUUUAAAGGGAGAUUUUGAGAAUAUGAUGUAUGGCUACAAAUUUGAUGGAAAUUUUUCUCCUGAAGAAGGGCAUUAUUAUGAUUCUUCUCGAAUAUUGUUGGAUCCUUAUGCAAAGGCAGUUAUAAGCAGAGGGGAGUUUGGUGUCUUGGGACCUAAUGCCAAUUUCUGGCCUCAAAUGGCUGGCAUGAUUCCUACUUCUGAUGAUGAGUUUGACUGGGAGGGCGAUUUACCUCUUAAGUAUCCACAAAGAGAUCUUAUAAUAUACGAAAUGCAUGUUCGUGGAUUUACAAGACAUGAAUCAAGCAGGACUGAGUUCCCUGGCACAUAUCUUGGUGUAGUGGAGAAGCUUGAUCACUUGAAGGAACUCGGGGUCAACUGUAUAGAGUUAAUGCCAUGUCAUGAGUUUAAUGAGCUGGAGUAUUUCAGCUACAAUUCUGUCUUGGGUGAUUAUAAGGUGAAUUUUUGGGGAUACUCAACUGUAAAUUACUUUUCUCCAAUGAUAAGAUACUCAUCUACUGGAAACCGUAAUUGUGGCCGUGAUGCAAUAAAUGAAGUCAAGCUUCUUGUCAGAGAAGCACAUAAACGAGGAAUUGAGGUGCUCAUGGAUGUUGUUUUCAAUCACACGGCUGAAGGGAAUGAGAAAGGUCCUAUUUUGUCCUUUAGAGGAGUUGAUAACAGUGUCUAUUAUAUGCUUGCGCCUAAGGGAGAAUUCUAUAACUACUCAGGCUGUGGGAACACCUUUAAUUGCAACCAUCCCGUUGUACGGCAAUUUAUAUUGGACUGCUUGAGGUAUUGGGUAACAGAAAUGCAUGUGGAUGGCUUUCGCUUUGAUCUUGCUUCUAUCAUGACCAGAGCUAGCAGCCUCUGGGAUGCAGUUAAUGCAUAUGGGAAUUCCAUAGAAGGUGAUUUGCUGACAACUGGCACUCCCCUCAGCAGCCCCCCAUUAAUUGAUAUGAUUAGUAAUGAUCCAAUCCUCCGUGGAGUGAAGCUUAUUGCUGAGGCUUGGGAUGCUGGUGGUCUUUACCAAGUUGGCAUGUUUCCUCAUUGGGGUGUUUGGUCCGAAUGGAAUGGAAAGUAUCGCGACAUAGUGCGGCAAUUUAUUAAAGGCACAGAUGGAUUUUCUGGUGCUUUUGCAGAAUGUCUUUGUGGAAGUCCUAAUUUGUACCAGGAAGGAGGAAGGAAACCUUGGAACAGUAUCAACUUUGUUUGUGCUCAUGAUGGUUUCACAUUGGCUGAUUUAGUGAUGUACAACAAGAAGCACAACCUUGCCAAUGGAGAAGACAACAACGAUGGGGAAAAUCAUAAUAAUAGCUGGAACUGUGGGCAGGAGGGAGAGUUCGUACACAUUCUUGUGAAGAAAUUGAGGAAAAGACAAAUGCGAAAUUUCUUCCUUUGCCUCAUGGUUUCCCAGGGUGUUCCUAUGAUUUACAUGGGUGAUGAAUAUGGUCACACGAAAGGAGGAAACAAUAAUACAUAUUGCCAUGAUAACUAUAUUAACUAUUUCCGGUGGGAUAAGAAGGAAGAGUCAUCAUCUGACUUCUUUAGAUUUUGCUGCCUGAUGACCAAAUUCCGUCAAGAAUGUGAAUCACUUGGCUUAAAUGACUUCCCAACAGCAGAGAGGCUACAGUGGCAUGGGCACAGCCCUGGGAUGCCAGACUGGUCGGAAACAAAUCGUUUUGUGGCAUUUACACUGAUUGACUUGACAAAGCGCGAAAUAUACGUGGCCUUCAACAGUAGUCAUUUACCCAUCACUGUUGCUCUUCCAGAACGGCCUGGUUGUAGAUGGGAGCCCUUGGUGGAUACUAGCAAGCCUCCUCCAUUUGACUUCCUCUCUGACGAUCUUUCUGAAAGGGACGUGGCAAUUAAACAGUACUCAAAUUUUCUUGAUGCCAACCUAUACCCCAUGCUUAGCUAUUCAUCCAUUAUCCUCGUGCUCUCACCGGAAGAUAAUGCAUUACCUAUUGCAUGCUGAAAAUGAGUUGCACAGAACCUGUACGUUGUGGAUGCAGAUUGUGAUUUUGUAGCAAAAUUUAGAAGGAAAAGAAUUAUUUAAAUCAGAGAUAAAGUGCCAGAUAGUUUAAGCAAGACAGAACAAGAAGGAAACUGGGAAUCUUUGUUGUCUAAUUCUUAUCCGUACCAAGAAACUAGUCAUUCUCAGUUCUGUUCUGGGAAUCUGUCUUCCAUUGCAGAUAAAGUGCCAGGCAGUUUAAGCAUGACAGAAAAAGAAGGAAACUGGGAAUCUUUGUUGUCUAAUUCUUAUCCGUACCAAGAAACUAGUCAUUCUCAGUUCUGUUCUGGGAAUCGUCUUCCCGUGUAUAUACUUUUUUUGGUUCCUCAAUGUAAUCCACAGAAAUUUUUUAUGCAAUUUUGUACUUUUUAUA